CUCCUUGCAGUGAUGAAGAUGAUGAAGGUGCUACCGUGCCCUGCUGCUCUUCUCUUCCUAGUGGCUGCAUUCACUCUGGAGCCAUCUCACUGUGCCAAGGUGCUGAUCAUGCCCACCAUAGUCUUUGACAGCCACUUGCGAGUCUUCAUGCGAGUGGCAGAGGCACUGACUGACCGGGGCCAUGAUCCUGUGCUACUUCUACAUGAGGGUCGGGAUGUGGAAACCUACCUGCCCGGCUUCCGCACGCAGAGGUACUGGGGUAUCUUCAGCACAGAGAGCUCAGAUGCCUGGGUGCAGGAGAAAAUAAAACGUAUCCUCCAAGGGAAGAUGACCUCUCUAGAGAUGUUUUCCUUUUUGGAGAAGUACCUGCAAAACUGUGAUCUAGUGCUGGGAAACUCUACCCUUCUGCAGAAGCUCCAGCAUGAGCACUUUGACCUGCUGUUGGUGGACCCCAAUGAGAUGUGCGGCUUUAUCCUGGCCCACAUUCUCCAUGUCAAAUAUGCUGUGAUCUCCACUGGUUUCUGGUUCCCAGCUGAGAUUGGUGCAACUUCCCCCAUUGCCUAUGUCCCUGAGUUCAACUCCCUGAUGACAGACAGGAUGGACUUCUUUGGUAGGACUUGGAAUCUCCUAGUCUACAUGAUCACUCGUGUCGCCACAAAGCUAGUUAUCCUGCCCAAGUUUGAACGUCUCAUGGAGAAGCACAGAGUGGAGCCAAAGACAUCCAUGUUGGACCUUGUCUAUGGAACUAGCCUCUUCUUUCUCUGUAACGAUGUGGUGCUGGACUUUCCCCGGCCAACGCUUCCCCACGUCAUUUUCACAGGGGGGAUCCUUGCUGAGCCUGCAAAGCCCCUCCCAGUGGGUCUGCGUCUCUGGGUGGAAGCAGCAGAUGCAGGUGUUGUUGUUGUCUCCUUUGGCAUUGGGAUCCGCUUUUUGGUGGAGAAGAUGGCUGGUGCAUUUGCUCGCCUCCCACAGCGUGUGGUGUGGAGAUACUUUGGGCAGAAGCCAAGAAACCUUGGUGAGAAUACGCUGAUGAUGGAUUGGCUGCCCCAGAACGACCUGCUAGGCCAUCCCAACGUGAAAGCCUUCGUCAGCCACUGCGGGAUGAAUGGUGUAUUUGAGGCAAUUUAUCACGGUGUGCCAGUGGUGGGAUUUCCUUUCUAUGGAGACCAGUUUGACAUCAUGACCAGAGUGCAAGCGAAGGGCAUGGGUAUCCUCAUGGACUGGAGCAGAGUACAAGAGGAGGAUCUUUACCAGGCUGUUGUCACAGUUAUCUCUGACCCUAGCUACAGAAAAGCAGCCAAGCUCAUCUCAGCUCUGCACCUGGACAGGCCGAUGCAUGCUCUCAAUAGGACAGUGUACUGGCUGGAGUACAUCCUUCGUCACGAUGGGGCACCAUAUCUUCGCCCUGCCGUCUACGACCUCUCCUUAUAUGAGUACUUCUGCCUGGACAUCUUGGCUCUUCUCUUGCUGUGUCUGGCUGGGAUUGGAUUCAUCCUCUACAAAUCUGUGGUGUGGUGCAGAAGGAAGAGGGCCAGCCCCGUAUAUCAGAACGGCAAUUGCAUGAAGGGCCACUUCACAGAAGAGAAGAAAUUGCAGUAG